AUAGUCUUCCCAGUUUAUUAUGAUAAGCUGACAGCAGAAGCCUCCGCCACCUCCACCACCUCCGCCGCCUCCCGGUAUGCCGGCCUUUCCUAGUAUGAUUGGAAUGGCUCCUCCCGCUUCAUUUCCACCACCACCACCACCCCCACCACCCGAGCCGUCCGCUGGCCUAAUGGGGACAUCUUUCAAUCCUACCGCAGAAGUCGACACGCCGAACCAGUUCAUCCAGGUGCAAUAUACCAGCGAGUCUAUCUCUGACUUUUCAAGCCGCGUCAUUCGGAUCGCGCCCUUUCGCCGCAAUGUCUUGAUGACGAGGCCUUCAGCCCACGUCGCAGAUUACAAGGAGUUUGAGUGGCUUCUGAAACACGGCAGUUCCGAGAUUUGGUAUGAGAAACCAACCAAAGCACAUCUUAGAAGUAUUAGGACUCUCGAGGCGAACCGGUGGGCGCCGGACGAAUUACUUCCCCUGCUCAACGCACGGCCAGUCAGCCUGGAAACUCCCAAGGUAUGGGCGUCAGCAGCGAUGACAACACCGACAGAUGAUGAUAUCUUUGAGUGCACUGGCGGACAUACUACCCAUGAUGGAUAUGCUGGAACAUGUCGUGAAUGCACUGAGACAAAGUCUGAAGUACUUGAAAGCGUUCCGCUCAUCUACUGCUUAGUCUUCAGCACUUGUCAAGCUAGCGACCCAUUUGUUCAUGGUGCCCACUUCAAUGGCCGCCAGAUCUACAAACUUUUCAAAUGCGGUAGUCGCGAGGCUGCCGUCGCGGAAGCCUUCUAUGCGGCUGGAGUCAAUGGCUGGAGUCUCGCUUUUAGCUGCGUCAUGAAGCUAGGUGAAGAGUUUGAAGAAAGAUCUGGGACGGCCAAGAAGGUCAAUGAACUGUGGAUGCUGGCUGAAGAAGACGACGACGAAAAGACCAUCAAGGUUUUCUACUAACCAAUAAAAAAAGCAGCUUGUUUUUGGGUCUGAUUUACUUUGAGCUUCUGUACUUCUUUUCGAUAAAUCUCCUACUCUCCAAAUCCGCAACUUUCGGCACUACCAUAACAACAAAA